AUGGCAGAAGAGCCAGGAUCACCGACGGCCGCCCCUGCCGGGUCGUCAAAGACGAAGCCAGGCGCUCAAAUGAUGGAGUCGAGCGGCGUUUUUCGCUCGGUAAUGCAUUUUCUGUCAGAUUCAUGGAUAUAAUUAUAGUCUUUAAUCGAUUCUAAUUAUCUGUGUGUCGGGAAGGAGCUUCUGCUUCUCUCAUCACAUGCGCCCGUAAGUAAAGAUGGCAAUCUCAAAAGUCUCAAACUGAAUCAACACUCCAGGUCUUCCAGCAAAUGCACGUGAUAACGACUCACGAUUUGAUGCAAAGGAAAAACCAUCCGAGUAACAGUAAAUACCUGACGUCGCUCGUCGCUUUCACAAUCGUCUUCAACGCUUUCAUGAUCGGGCUGGAGGUAAGACUCUCCUUUAGUACCGUCAUUUGAAUUUGUGUUGUUUUGCUUCCAUACUAGAACUCAACUUGCUUCCUCUACCUAUUUUUCUCCUCCCUCUUCUACUUACCUAAAUUUUUCUCCUCUUCUACCUAUCAUGCCUCUGUCUCCUCAAACACGACAGGUCGACACCGCAAAGAGCGACAAGCUGGAGCAUACGUUGAUAUUCGUCAUCUUUGAAAUAUGUUUUCUGGCGAUUUUCUUAGCGGAAAUGAUAAUAAAACUACAGCUCCUCCAAUGGGGUUACUUCUUAGACCCAUGGAACAUUCUCGAUUACCACUUGGUCGUGCUGGGUUUUGUGGAUGUACUCAUUUCUGAUUUUUUGCCUUUUUUUUGGCACUGGCACUGGCAGCCGCGACAUGGUUUUAUAUCUAUUUUCAUGAAAUAAAUGACAGUCGAACAUCAAGUCGCAACACAGGGACCAAAUACUUGUUGUUCUUGUUGUUAUCAUUCCAACAACCGGAUUCCAACAACCGGAUUCCAACAACCUCAUUCAGAUCGUGGUGCGAUUUAUGUUUCAAGGAGAGGGAGAGAUGAAGGUUAUCACGGCCUUUCGUAUGUUGCGUAUGCUUCGUGUGGUGCGACAGAUCCGUCUAUUGAGAAUGUUCCGAGAUUUGUGGACUAUUGUGAAGGGUACUACUUCUGGAAAUAAGAUGAAUACGUAAAUAAAACAAUUAGUACCUCCUAAUGGAAAUAAGAUGAAUACGUAACAACUCCAGCUAGUACCUAAUGAACCUUUUGCUUUUGGUUUUGCUAGGAACUCGAACUUGAUGAACCUCAACCAACACCGCACGAAACAUCAGGUUUCUACGAGUCCUUGGUAACUGUCUUUUGGGUGUCAGUCCUCCUUUUUGUGGUCUGCUACGCAAUAGGCGUGCUGUUGGUGAUUGCAGUAGGCAGUGUCAAAGAAUUCAAGAAUCAUUGGCCAGACAUGGACGUCUACGUCGGCACAGUGCCAAGAGCAAUGUUGACGGUUUUUCAGGUACUUAUUGAUUCUUGAUUGUGGAGGACCUUGAACUUGAUCUUGUUAUAGUUUAUCGGAUAAAUAAAAUUACCCUCCCAAACUCAAUCAAACUCGAUCCAAAUCAUGACGCAAUCCAGAUCAUCACGCUAGAGAGUUGGUCUGGUUCCAUCGUGCGGCCGAUCAUGAAGCAGGACAUAAGUCUCGUGGUCCUUUGUCUGAUCGUCAUUGUGCUCUGCUCCUUCGGGCUGCUGAACGUGAUUAUCGGAGUCAUCGUGGAACGCACGCUGUUAGUGGCGAAGGAAAACGACCAAAACGUCCAGAAUAUCAUCAUCGAGUGCGAGAAAAGGGUACUUUUAUAUACAAAUUAAUAUAUGAACUGAAUGCAACAGGAGUCACUGUUUCUAGAAGUCGCUGGAUACGUCCUCUUCCCACCUCAAAGAAGAUUCAGGGAAGUCGUAGGUCCAAUCCGAAGCGACUAGCAUCAUCAUCAUCAUCAUCAUCAUCAUCAUCAUCAUCGUGAUCACGAUCGUCAUCACGUCCUCUUCCCAUCUUCUUGGAACAACACCUUCCGCCCUCUGAGGUAAUGAACUCCAUGCGCGUCGAAUUUCUCGAAUUCGCAGAUGCUAGUUCAACAGGCGAGCUCAAUUUCGAGCAGUUUUGUGAGGCCAUUAGAACGAAGAGCUUUCAAUCGAAGUUGAAGAUUAUUGGCUUGCCAUUGGAGGACGCAGAGGAAUUGUUUUUCCUGUUAGAUGUCGAUAAUAGUCAGAGUCUCUCAGUCGAGGAAUUCAUAGUAGGCGUGCAGAAGAUGAAGGGGCCGGCACAAGGAGGUGAUAUGAUCCAAUUGCUAGCGUAUGUGCAGAGGGCGUCAAGGCGAGCACUGUCGUUGCAAGCACAAGCGGAUAAGCUGAUACAGCAGGCGGAUGUAUUUUGAUUGAGCAUUUUUUAGUGCUUUGAAUUUUUUAAUUGAGAAGAACUCAACGCCCCUCUCCCAACAGAUUUGCUCCUCCAAACUUAUUUCGCUAACACCAGCAAGAAUCACAGAAGACAUCUUCUCUUCCACAUGCUUACUGAUCACUUGUUGGAACAAGCUUGCUCCCCUCUCAACUACACCCGCCCUCUCGAAACGUCUAAACAGAUGCUCCUCGAACGUCUAGACGACAUGUGGGGUAUCACAGAAGCUGAGCUGCACGAGAGAGACUUCAGCAAGAGAAGGCAGAGAGAAUUGUCCUCGAAGAUUGGCCAGAGACAAAACCUUUUGGGCAACCUCGAGAAGUCGCAAAACAUGAGAGAAGCGGCGAUGCAGCAACCAGUCAGAAAAAAGAAAAAUGCAGGUGGAGGAGGAGAUGGUGGAGCGGGAGCUGGAUCAUUAUAGGAUUAAUAUUUUUGGGGAGAUUUUUUAUGCGGCGUUAUAGUAGAAAAGAUCAUACGAAGUAGUGAAGAAUUUCGCGGUGCUUUACUACCUCCGAGAAUUCAUUAACAUGAUAUCAAAAGCUUUUCAGUUGAACGACAAGGAAUACCGCCCACGUGCCCCCAGCGUAGGUAUACACACGCCGGGGCAGGGCGGAGGAGGUGCUACAAGGAUUGCAUGCUACUACACAUACGUGCUACGCGGUACACCUGACCUUCAGUUGAACAAGAAGAAAUAUGACGACUUAUUAUAUACAAAAAAGGUGUUUCGCAAAAAGACCUGUUUGACAUUGACAUUCCUAAGUAAAUUCAUUGAUGACAGAAUCGUAAGAAAAUGAAAGAGAAAAUGUAAAGUUGCUAAGAUGACGAGCUUGUUUUCUGAUCGAGAUAACUAGAGAAGUCCCGCCUCUAGCUGCAGUAGUACCAGUAAGUUUCGGACUGCCUGCUGCGAAAGUAUAUCUGCUGCGAGACCAUAGCAUUGUAUAGUUUUGGUAUAUUCAUUAUCGUUUCCGAUUUCCUGCGGAGAACAAUUUAGAAGACGCUGAGUUAUCGUUUCCGAUUUCCUGCGGGGAACAAUUUAGAAGACGCUGUAUCCCAGCAUCACCAUCUUCAGAGAAUUCAUCCAUCAACCUACUUGAUCUUGAGCUUAGAUUUACUGAUUCUUCGUUUCGUUUCUUUUCAUCUUACUAGUGAUAUUUUUUCUGACUGCUCUUCGUGAUACACUUCACGAACGGAACUCGAAACAAAAAAAAAACACUUGUUAACUAAAUUGAAUUGUUUGGCUCAUUCAAAUACAAAUAAUAGCGCCGUCGACGACCGCAUCAAGUAGCGUGUGAGUGCUCGUGGUGCUGGUAGUCUGAAAUUAAACUUACUUGGUUCGCUCUGAGUGUGACGACACCGAUAGGGACAGUCGUGGUCCUGCUGGACAUCAUCAGCUAAACGUCCAGGACGAGCGCGAUAAGACGAUCAGAGCAGUAGCCUGUGCAUGAUGUAGUAGUUCCUGUGCAUGGACAUCAGUAGUUAGUCUUAGUCGUGAUCCACUUGCUUGUCGCGACUCAUACCCAUGCUGAACAUGUCUGUGUGUGACAUCCAAUAUUUUGGUAUCAUUGUUCAUAUGCUCAUGCCCAUGUUAGGGAAGCACCUCAGAUGUUUCGUGGAGCGGAUUUCUAUUAUCAUAUCAUCUACUGUGAUAAACGCAUAUUGAUAUGGUAGCAAAAGUCAUACUUCUGAUGUAGUGCUGCGUAGAGGAGCAAGUGACCCGAUCUCAGCCGCCGACUGAGUUGUUCAGCACACCCAUCAUGGUACACACAAGUGCAGGUAAAACAUCUAAAACUUCCUGAACUACAGGCGACCUUGCAUUGUAAUCCCCCUCACAAAUAAGAUUCAUUUCUGCGCACAAAAGAGUUGUCAUUAGCUGCUAAUGUGAAACCUCUCCGCCUUCCCUCCCUACUCAAAUAAAUUAUAACAGAAAAGAAGAAGAUGAAUAAAAAAGCAUGCUUGUGCAUGUGAUGAAAGCAUAAUGCGUGUUGAUGUUUACUAGAAAAAGGAGAAGAAAACAUGAGCGCUAGUAACCCUUAGAGAUAGGGAUAGCCGCGACGAGAC